AUGGUGGAUUUCUUCGAGGAUGCCUCAGAAACAGGAGCGGCGAUAAGUGACAAACUAGCCACUUUGAGCAACCGAAAGAAGAAAAAAAAGGAAACGCCAGGGUAUGGCGACCCUGGUGCCUCAGCACAAACAGAAACAUGCGUUCAAUUCACAGGGCAACAUGAAUUUCAAUCUACAGCGACGGCGUCAAAAUCACAAUUACAGAACAAAACAGCAGAAAAAGAAUACUGUCCGAUCAAGAGCACAGAAAAAGUAAUAUCCGAAUGUAAUUGGCAGGGUCCUGCAAAAAGUAGAAAUAGAUCAAACAGAACUUUUGUGUUUAGUAGCACCAAUAUGGCCUGCACAGACUUGGUGGCCGACAUUAAUACAACUUAUUGUUGCACCAUGCCUUCUACUUCAACACCCUCAGGACAUCCUUACGUUGUGCCAUCGACCGGGAAAGAAACACCCAUUAAAAAAGAUGAGGCUGGCGCUUUUUCCCAUAUCAGGAAAGCGCUUGAAGAUAGAGGGAUUUCAAAUGAAACUCUGCAGGAUAAGCAGCAGAAUGACAAGACUGAGAAGCGCCGUCUGGAUUUCUUAGACAUAUUAUUAACUGCACGAGAAGAACAUGGGCUUGGCUUGUCUGCACAAGAAAUACAGGAUGAAGUUGAUACGUUUACAUUUGAGGGUCAUGAUACAACAUCGUCAGCCAUUAGCUGGACAAUUUUUGCUCUGGCUAAACAUCCAGUGCUACAAGAAAAGGUUUUCAGUGAAGUCAGGAAUAUCAUUGGUGGAAAGAACAGCUUAUCAUCAGAACAACUUGGAAAAUUUACAUAUUUGCCAACGUUUAUUAAGGAAGUUCUUAGGUACUACAGUCCGGUGCCAAUGAUUGCACGGAGACAUACGGACACACCGAUUGUUUUAGAUAGUAUAGAUAUUCCUGUUGGUGUCAGUAUUUGGGUACAAAUAUACUGUAUACAUCAUAAUAAAGAUGUUUGGCCGAAUCAUGAGGUAUUUGAUCCAGAAAGAUUCAGUGCAAACCAAAGAGAUGAAACAGAUAUUUAUGGAUUCAUUCCAUUUUCAGCUGGUUCUAGAAAUUGUAUCGGACAGGUUUUUGCAAUGAAUGAAAUCAAAAUAACAAUUGCCAAACUGGUUAACAGGUUCGAGUUCCUGGUUGACCCGGAGAAUGAGCCGGUUCUGCUACCAGAUAUUAUCAUGAGGUCUCAAAAUGGAGUGCACGUGAAACUGAUUGAACGGAAGCAUUAAAUUUUUGAAAAGUGGAACCGUUUUUUAUUUCAAAUACCGAUUUUAAAACAUAAAACGAAAUAUUGAUUUGUGAAACAUUAAUUUAACUCAUGUCUUAUAUUUUUUCAUUAAAUCUAAUCUUAAUUUAUCUUUUGUUCUUAAGAAAUUGAUCUUGAUAUAUGUAUACUAUGCGAUGAAAACGCUAUAGAAUCAGAAUAACAUUCCUUAUUAAGCUCAGAGAUGUAUCUUAAGUGAUGAAAACGCUAUAGAAUCAGUGUCACGUUUCACAUUAAGCUCAGAUAUGGAGUUUUGUAUCUUAUGUGGUGAAAACGCUAUAGAAUCAGAUUUUUUUUUUACUUUAAACACAGAGAAAGAAAAGUUUUGUAUCUUAUGUGAUGAAAACGCAAUGGAAUCAGAAUAACAUUUCGCAUUAAGCUCAGAGAUAGAAGCGUUUUGAAUCUUAUCAGAUGAAAACGCUAUAGAAUCAGAAAAACAUUUCAUAUCAAAACAACAUUUUAUAUUAGUUAAGCUAUUAAAGAUAUUGAUGUAAGGAUUCGAGUACUAAGAUUUAUUAAUAAAAAUAUUAAAACAUUGUGUAAUCUACUAUAAACUUUGCCCUAGCAUUUUUGUUAUUCUUGUUCGUUUUGUUUUGUUUUUGUAAAUGCAAUUGUAGAGCUAAUUGUUAAUAAACUGAAGCACAUUGAUGUUA